AUGAGAAUUAGAAGGAGCGCUGUUGUGGCUGAUGCUAUUGUUGUCGCAAACUGGUCAUUGCCUCACCCUCGCUCAACACAGGAAGUCGAGCUUCAUGCUCAUCUCACCGCUGGCUCUCUCCCCUUACAUAAUGAUAUUGAUGAUGAUUAUGAAUGGGUGGCAGGGGUGUCUCCAGUUACGGUGUUUAAAUCAUCCACUCGGUCGGUACUGAAGCACGCGUUCGCAAUGUGGGUUGCCAAUUGGGACAGGUUGCCAACGAGAGAAAGACUAGCUUCCUGGGGGUUGCCGAUCACAACAACAUGUCCUUUCUGCUCAAGGGACAAUGAAACAAGGGAUCAUAUGUUGCUAGCGUGCGAAUUCGGUCGGGAAGUGUGGAAGGAAGUGUUCAUUAGGUGUCUUCCGCCUACCAACAUCCUGACCAACUGGUCGGAGCUCUUAUCUUGGAUCAAGGCUGCAAGAACUUCAGAGUUAAAACUCAUACGUAAAGUAGCUACUCAAGCCAUUGUCUUCUUCCUGUGGAAGCAAAGAAACAAUCUGAUUCAUAACCAAAUUUCCAUCUAUGCUGCUUCAAUUUUCGCUGGCCUUGACAGGGAGGUGAGAAACAUUAUUUCUGCCAAGAGAAAGCGCAAACAGUUUAGUACUCUCAUGUUUCUUUGGCUGAGAUAA